UCAGAAGCCCGACUUUUAAGCCGGAAACAAACACCCCCUCUAACCUAGUCCAGACAAACAAAUCUCUCAUAAAUAAUUUUCAUGAAUUAUUGUUUUUACUUCUAGAUAUACUGGAUAUUUAAUAGAUAUCGAAAAUCUUAAUGAGCUUCCCCACAGACUGUAUAAAUAAAAGCGAGCAGAACCUUUCACAACAGAUAUUAUUAUUGUCGACAGAUCUUCAAGUUCCACCGUACCAGAUAUUGCUAGAGGAAUGGAAGGAGGAGUCGAAGAAGGCUCAAACCCCAAGACUCACCCCACUCAAAACGACGCCGUCCCCCGCUCCUCCAAGCGAAAAACCUCGAAACGAAGACCAAUCUGCAUCUGCAUCGCCACCACACUCGCCAUCCUCAUCCUCCUCAUCCUAAUCAUCACCAUCCUCGCCCUCACCGUCUACAAAGCCAAGCGCCCCGUCAUCACCGUCUCCUCCGUCUCCCUCAACGACUUCGAUUUCGACGUCGACUUGCCGCUCAAAAUCCACCUCAACCUCAGCCUCGACGUUGACUUGACCGUCAAGAACCCCAACAAAGUCGCCUUCCGCUACACAAACACCUCCGCAUUGCUCAAAUUCGAGGACAACGUCAUCGGCGAGGUCCCCUUGCCAGCUGGCAAGAUCAAGGCCAGCGGAUUUACGCCGUUGAAUUUGACGCUCACGGUUAUGGCCGAUAGGCUGUUAUCCGAUUCGGAUGUUUAUUCGGACGUGUUUAAAUCAGGCACGCUUCCGGUGUCGACGACGACGAGGAUCAAAGGGCGUGUGAGGAUAUUGCAUUUGUUUGAUAUUCAUGUGGUUUCGUAUAGUUAUUGCGAUAUUAAUAUUGGUAUUUUGAGUAGGAGUAUACAGAAUCAGACUUGUCAGUAUAAGACCAAAUUAUGAUUUUUAUAUUUAUUGUUCAUUUUUGUGAGGUCUUUUAUAGUUAUCUACUGUGUUUUGAGUGUUACAUGAUGAUGAUUAUUGUUCUUUCUUGUUUCUUUGUGUGUCGUAAAUUACACGAGUUAGCAUAAGGACUUGAUUGGAUCGGAUCAUACAUACUCCCUCCGUCCCAGUCAAUAGUAUACAUUGGGGGACGGGGGCGCGGCACGGACUUUAAUGCUUCAAUAUAGUAUAGUUCUGUAAAUUAUUUUUAAAAUUUUCUUUUUCUGUAUAAAAGUAUAACAUUUAUACUUUUAUACAAAAAAAGAAAAUCUUAAAAAUAAAUUGUACAACUAUGUUUUAUAAGUGUCUUAAAAAGCGUGUCGAGCAGUGAAAAAGAAACGUAUACAAUUGACUGGGACAGAGGGAGUAUCAUUUUUAGGAAACCUAUUCUUCGGGAGGAAUGUUCAAACGUGGUUACCAGAUUACAUUAGAUAACAAUGGUAUUAACUGUAUUAUUCAGCUAUGAAACUUUAAGCCAUUAGUACAUAUGGCAAGUAUUAGUAAGAAAUUGAGAGAAGAAAAAUUACCCUGUUACUUUGUUGUGUAUUCAUUCGUCUACUUCAAGUAGCAGUAGCCUUUAAUUCCAGAGUUUCCAGAUUAUUUUCUUGCUAAAUUUAUAUUGUCAUCAGUCAGGUCUUUAAAUCUGUUGAAGGAGGUUUUGAAUGAUUGGUUUUAGUUUGUAGUUGGGAUUAUUUUUUCCAAUUAUGAAAACUAACAACUCAAUUGUCAAAAUUGUGUUUACUUGCAACUUAAAUGCUUGUUACUCAAAGUCAAGAUUUAUCAAACUUUAGCUUGUCACCAUCACUUUCCACAUUUUUUCUUUCCUCAGGUCACUUUCGUUGGAUACAUGCGUUCCCUAGUGUCUUUCUUGUUUUAGUACAGUAGUAGUACCUAAGCAGGCUUGCUGGGAUUCUCGGCAUAAUGAUGAAGCUUUGAUUUCUUGAAAUUUGAAAAUUUGACGGGUGAACUGUUAGGUAAAGGCUCAGUCCUGUAGAGAGUGCUGUACUGCUCUCUUUCCCCAGCAUUGUCUUCUUCGCUGUGAGUAUAGUCUGAGUCUUUUUCAUCCAGGUCAUAUAAGUUCCAUUAGCUAAGCUCAACGCAGAUAGGGUUGACAUCAGUAUGUAUAAUUGUGAAUUGUUGCGAGAACAAUUUUCCAGACCUCGAGUACACUUGUAUAAAUAAUAUACCAGUCAUCCUCACCAAAUUGAAAAUUAAAGAUGACAUCUUUACUGCUUUGGUAACGACCACUGUCUUAUAAUUUGAAGAUAACUUUGAGCUUCUCAGUGGUUAAUAUUGUGAAAAUGUGAUUGCCCCCCAUCUGGGUGUUUCCCUUUCAGUUGAAGAACAUGGCUUCAUGGCUAGUGUUUCCGCGGUCAGUACUCUGUCUAGGGAAGCAUGUACUGCAAGGUGCAAGCUGGGUUUACACGAAAGAGGCAAAGGAGCAGAAAUCAGCACAAUAGAAACAGCACAGUGGUUCGUGUACAUCCGUUAGAAGGAAAGGAAGGCAUGAAGAGGACAAGCUUGAUAAUCUUUUAGUUGUUGAACUAGCAGCACAGGCAGUUCAGUUGCCAUGCCAGCAGCAACAGAGACAGAAAAAAAGAUCGUCAACCAGGUCCGAGACAGACAGACAUAACUGAACUACGACACAGAAGAGAAGAUGAUGACUACAAGUAGCCCAGCAUUUCGCGAAACUGCUCCUAAUGCUAGAAGAAGUAUACAGUUCAUAGGUUAAACCAAGAACAGUUUGAAUUGCUUGUUAAUUAUUCAGAUAAUAAUUUUAAUUAUAUUAAGACGCGUUUAUAUAAUGUUUUAUAACUAUAAUAACCGUCAACUACGUUCACAAUAACAUAUGAUCAGUCUUGUGUGUCAUAUGUUGUUUCUCCAUGGAAAAAGGAGAUGUUAGCUAAUUAUAGCAAGAGCAAGUUGAGGUUCAUUUGCAAACAUCAAUCUGUCUCUCUCUUACUCUGACUCUCUCUCUCUCUCUCUUCUCCUCCUUCCAAUUCCUGGUGGUGCUAUAUUGUCUGGCGAACUGCUGCUGCUGUUGUUUUUUCAUGGUGGUGGUGGUGGUGGUCGCGGUGAACGUGUAAAUAGAGAACAAGGCGAAUGGCAUACAGAAGAAAGCAAGGGAUAACGAGGGCGUCUACAUUCAAGGAAGAUUUAAACAAUCCUCCUUUGUAUAGAGACACAAUAAGUAAUGCUACCACCUCCUCAUCUCCCUCUCCUUUCGUCAGUCCUCGGGCCAUCAGAUCUGCCUCUCGUCUCGGCUCUUCACACCAUUCCCGAUCAUCUUCUCUGCCGGGCCUUGGUACCUAUGAUUUUACGUCGCUGAAAACAACAAAUGAUCAAGAUGUGCUCUGGGGGGUUCUGACAAGGAAUGCUAGAUCAUUUCUUGAUGAAAACAACAUGUCUGAUCAAUUUGGGAGGCGUAAUCAGAAGCCUUAUACUCCUAUUUAUACUACAAAUGACCAGUUUUAUCACCCGCAUAAACCAGUUGAGAGCUCGAGACCAAUGGACAAUACUGCUCUUCGGAAAGGCUUGGAUGCACUCACAUCCACCACUGGAAAUGCCGUGGAGGAACGUCGAAGUAUGGUGAAAAAUAAAACUUCAGACAUCCUUCCAGAUACACGAAAAUUGCAGAUUAGAACAGGAACCAAUCAAGAUAAAAGUAGUCCUGCACCUGGUAUGGCACUGCCAGAACCUCCGAACUCUGCAAAACCACGAAUGCAGUCGAACCCGCAGACUCAACUCAAGGCAUCUCGCGACGUGGCAUUGGCGACAACUGCCAAGGCAAAGCUACUACUUCGAGAGCUAAAAACUGCCAAAGCAGAUUUAGCCGAUGCUAAACAACGGUGUUCUCAGCUAGAAGAAGAAAACAAAAUCCUUCGAGAGGCUUAUGGAAAGGAUGAUCAUCCUGCAGAUGAUGAAAUGAUUCGUGUUCAGCUCGAGACUCUUUUGUCGGAAAAGGCUCGUUUGGUCCAUGAGAAUUCUGCAUUUGCUCGUGAGAACCACCACUUAAGGGAAAUUGUUGAAUAUCACCAACUCACAAUGCAGGAUCUUGAGUAUCUUGAUGAGGAAAUCGACGAGGUUACAGAGAGUUACCCCCUACCUGAUGUCUCCAGGAUUUUCUCUGUACCCCCAUCAUCAAAUGGAUCCCCAGCUCCUGAGAAAUCAUCAUCUAGAAGCUCUGCAGUUGUUGAGGAAGACUUGCUUGCUCCUCCCCCAGUGCAAACCAAAUCUUCAUAACCUAAAAUGAUUCCUGCUCCAGACUCAGCCCCGGCCUAUCUUUAAAACUGAACAGAAGCAAUUUUCCCGGACACCAAGCAAUAGGAGAUGUUCCAAAGAGUUAACCCUCACCCAAAAACUGCAACAGAGCGAAGUUGUUCUUUUUAUCUGUAGAAUUUAAGUUGUGUAGUGUAGUAUAUCUUCGGGGGGAUGGAGUGUGCUUGACUUUUUUCAGCUGGUUCAUCUUGAAAAAAUCAUGCAAGUAAUGGUCUUUGUUAGCCUUGUAUAUCUGUAGUUUGUUCUUAAGAUAAAUUUUUUACGUCGAUAAUUAAAGAAUAGAGACAGAAAGUCUUUCUCUCUUGCAGAA